AUGUUCGAGAGUCUCGAAUCGAGACUGCCACUCAGGACGCAAUAUUACCCCUCGCAAGCUCGAGAGGCUCUCAGUGUGAUAAGGGAUCUAUCAACUGAAUCUGAUGCCAACGAUAGGCUCAAACGUUGGGCCAUUGGAGCAGCCCAGUUGCUGUGCGGAAGCGGCGCGGACACGUCAGUCACGGUCGAACAACAACUCCUUAUCACUGAGCUGCUCAUCGAAGUAGCAGGAGAUGCUGCUGUUGUACAAGACGUCCUCAUCAACGCCGUUAUUGAUGUUCUCAUGAUGCAUACUGCCAUCGACUCGGAGCUCGGUGGACAACUCGCUACCGGUCAGACCUUCCUGGAGAAUUUUGACUUCCGUGAUUGCAUUGAACAUCUUUAA